AUGGCUUCGUCUGUGACGUAUACGGCUUCGGAUGCAUUUUUUGAUGCUUUGAGCGAGUUUGGCAUUCAAGCCUGUUUCGUUAAUCUUGGUUCAGACCAUCCCAGUCUAAUAGAAUCAAUGUUGAAGGGGCAGAAAGAAAAGAGAAAAAACUUUCCUACAAUCUACACUUGUCCUAAUGAAAUGGUUGCGCUUUCUAUGGCUGAUGGUUGGGCCCGAGCGACCGGACGGGUACAAGCCGUAAUUGUUCAUGUUGAUGUUGGAACUCAAGCUCUGGGGGCUGCCAUGCAUGAUGCUAACACAGGACGAGCACCUGUUUUGAUAUUUGCCGGCCUGUACCCAUACACUGAGGACGACGAAGUACCUGGGUCAAGAACUGAAUACCAACAUUGGCUACAGGAUGCACCAGACCAAAAGGCUCUCGUUCGACAAUAUUGUCGCUACGUAGGAGAGUUCCGUACGGGGUCUACCGUGAAGAAAACUGUUGCACGAGCGCUGCAGUUUGCUACUAGUGAUCCCAAGGGACCCGUAUAUCUGGCCGGAGCCCGAGAAGUGAUGGCCGAGACUGUUCAGCCUCAGAAAUUUGAUGCUGGACAGUAUGGACCUAUCGACCCCUCUGCCUUGCCUCAAUCUGCAGUCAAAAAAAUUGCAGAAGCUUUGUUAAAUGCUAAGUCGCCUCUCAUUAUUACCGGAUACUCCGGUAGAAACCAUGCUUGCACUGCAGAGUUAGUCAAAUUAGCAGACAUGAUUCCUGGAUUGCAAGUUUCAGACACCGGUGGCUGUGACAUGUGCUUUCCAGCCUCACAUCCUGCAUACCUUGGCUUUCGUCUCAGCUUUGAUGAAUCUGCAACCGAAGCUGAUGUGAUAUUUGUUCUGGAUUGCGAUGUUCCAUGGAUUCCUUCUCGCAAUCGUCCUCGUGAGGAUGCAAUCAUAUAUCAUGUCGACUAUCUUGCAACCUCAGAGCUUGCGAAGGAAAAACUCGCAGACGAGGAAUCUGCAAAACGACAUAAGGUUGUUGCCAAGAAAUACCAAGAACGCAUGGAAUCCAUCGCUAAGCUUGCAACCUCGCCUUCCGAUGGCUCGCUCGAUAUUCAUUACGUUGGAGCCGCGCUAAAAUUCGCUGCACCACGGGACACAAUAUUUGUCGUCGAAGCUGCAACGUGCGCAAUGCCUUUAUCGGACCAACUACAAGUAGAAAUCCCUGGCUCUUGGAUUAAUUCUGCCGGUGCCGGCUUGGGAUGGAGUGGUGGAGCGGGUAUGGGGGUUAAGUUAGCAUACGAUGCUGCCGGGACUCCAAAGUUUGUUUGUCAGGUCGUGGGUGAUGGAACCUAUCUAUUCACAGUUCCUGGAAGUGUCUAUUGGACUGCAUCUCGAUACGGUAUACCCGUUUUAACAAUCGUGCUCAACAAUAGAGGGUGGAACGCACCACGCCAAUCGCAUCGACUCGUUCAUCCAACAGGCCUUGGUGCCACAGCGUCGAAUAAGGACAUGCAUAUAUCAUUAGAUUCUUCUCCUGACUAUAGCGGAAUUGCUAAAGCAGCAGCUGGGGAUAAUUUUGGCUCCCUUAAGGGUAGCCUAUUCGCGGCGAAAGUUUCUACAACCACAGAACUAAGUGAUGUGCUCAGCAAGGCUGUGAAAGAGGUUCAAAAUGGGCGUGGAGCUGUUGUAGAAGUAGUAUUGAAUAUUGAUGAGAUGGGCGAUUUCAAAACGCGUCGAGAAUGA